AUGGUCAAGAACGUACGCAUUACUUACCGCCGUCGGCACUCAUAUGCCACCAAGUCCAACAGCAUCAGGGCUGUUAAGACUCCUGGUGGCAAGCUUGUUGCUCAAUACCGCAAUAAACGCGCAGCUGGCCCCAAGUGCGGAGACUGCAAACAGACGCUUAAAGGUAUCAAGCACCUGCAGUCGAAGCAGUACAAGAACAUUAGCAAAACGCAACGCACUGUGUCUCGCGCCUACGGUGGCUCGCGUUGCGCUCUGUGCGUGCGUCAGCGCAUCGUGCGUGCGUUUUUGAUUGAAGAACAAAAGAUCGUCAAGAAGGUGCUGAUGGAGAAGCUUAGGAAGAGCAAGUCGGCUUAA